GGCUGCGGCUGCGGCUGGGGCCGGGGCCGGGGCCGGGCUGGGGCCGGGGCUGCGCCCACCCACGGCGGCUGCCGAGCGCGAUGUGACGGCCGAGGUCUUUUCGCUAUUCCUCCAGGACUUCCACCAUAAGGAAAGGAGCCCCUGGACCAACAUCCUCUAAGAUGUUUAUAUGGACCAGCGGCCGGACCUCUUCAUCUUACAGACAUGAUGAGAAAAGAAAUAUUUACCAAAAAAUCAGGGACCACGACCUCCUGGACAAAAGGAAAACCGUCACAGCACUGAAGGCAGGAGAGGACCGGGCCAUUCUCCUGGGACUGGCCAUGAUGGUCUGCUCCAUCAUGAUGUACUUUCUGCUGGGAAUCACUCUCCUGCGCUCGUACAUGCAGAGCGUGUGGACCGAGGAGUCGCAGUGCACCCUGCUCAACGCCACCAUCACCGACACGUUCAACUGCUCCUUCAGCUGCGGGCCCGACUGCUGGAAGCUCUCGCAGUACCCCUGCCUGCAGGUGCACGUCAACCUCACGUCAUCGGGUGAAAGGCUCCUUCUCUACCACACGGAGGAGACCAUGAAGGUCAACCAGAAGUGCUCCUAUAUACCUAAGUGUGGAAAAAAUUUUGAAGAAUCCAUGUCCCUGGUGAACGUUGUCAUGGAAAACUUCAGGAAGUACCAGCACUUCUCUUGCUACUCUGACCCAGAGGGAAACCAGAAGAGCGUCAUCCUAACCAAGCUCUACAGUUCCAACGUGCUGUUCCAUUCCUUGUUCUGGCCAACGUGCAUGAUGGCUGGGGGCGUGGUGAUCGUUGCCUUGGUGAAACUCACGCAGUACCUCUCCCUGCUCUGCGAGAGGAUCCAGCGGAUCAAUAGAUAAAAGCAAGAUGGAUGAGAUCAUUUUCUUUAAAGCUCAAGUACUGUUUUCUUUCAUUCCUCACCAAAGAACCUUAAGUUUGUAACGUGCAGUCUGUUAUGAGUUCCUUAAUAUAUUCUUAUACGUAGAGCAAUAAUGCAAAAGCUGUUCUAUAUGCAAACAUGAUGUCUUUAUUAUUCAGGAGAAGAAAUAACUGUUUUGUGUCGGUUGGUUUUCACAAUCUUGUUUUGAUGCUGGAACUAGCACUUCCUUCUCUCGUUCCGCCAAGACAGGGCUCAGUUGUUCAUUUGCCAAGCUUUGGGGAGGGACGUAGACGGUAUCAGCGUGAUAACGUCUGUGUUCUCAGUUGUCAGAUAUCUUGAAGAUGUUUCUGCAAUAUUUUUCAUCACUCAUUGUUUACUAAAGCUGCAGCCAAAAAUAUUCUUUCUUUUCUUAUUCAAAACUGAGCCCUGUAGCAGGUGAAGGGACCAGAUUUCCUAACUGAAGGAUGUUAAGCAUUUUCCUUAUAUUUCUACCAUAUCACUGUAAAGAAAGGGGGGGGGGAACGUCCAGACAGUUAUUUCUCUUUUAUUAUUUUCUAUUCAUGACUUACGAUUUUUUAACUGACUUCCAAGAAUAAGCUGUUUUCAUUAACCAGUUCUAUAAUCUCUUCCUGUGAUUUAAAUAGAAAAUGAACAGAGCCCUUUUCCAUUUAAGACCCUGCUACUGUGUGAGGAGACAACACUUACAAAGAGUUUCAUUACCUGUGAAUUGACUGAAUGUUGAGUAGACGCACCGUGGCCACCCAGGAACGUCUAUGUCACCAAGAUAUUUAUGUGAAAAUCUUUAUUCAACUGAACUGUUAGAGGGUAAAAUUAAGAUCCUACUUGCCAGUAAAGACUGGUGGACUGAUUUCAAUGGGUAAAUCGAUUGUGGCAAAUUAACAUAUUGGAAUGUUACUCUUUGGGAAUUUAUGUUUAAAUUAAUGAGUGUGUAGUCUCUCCUUCUGACAAGCGUUCCCAUUGGGAUUCUAAAGCUACGUGCACAGAAUAUUUGUCUCCUCUACAUGUUUUAUUUUUCUAUUUACAAUUCUCUUUUUUGCUGCUAGAUUUUAUACACAGAGCAGACCUUUUUCCUAACACUCACUCGAAAUGAAUAACAGAUCUAAAGGAAGACUUUGUCACAUUGCCCUUUGCUUAUCAUGUGGGGGGAGGGGAAAGAAUGAGGCAUUGGUUUUAAACAAAACAUUCCAUCCUUUACUUAACAUCAAUAUCAGAAGGAGAAGGCAAACAUCUAUCUUUCUCAUCUAUAUUUAAGUAUCCUUUUAUAACAUAGUAUCACAAUUUUCUAGAUACUGGGAAAUUUUAUAAAACAUAUUUGUGGAAUGCAUGGUGAAACUUAUCUGAUGAAGUGGAGAGUUUCCUGCAAUACUGUAAUUCAUAGUUUCACUUUCCAUAAGAUGUAAAUUCUUAGGGUGUAAUUGGGACUUCAAAUGUGUAAUUAAAACUUUAAAAAACAAAAUCCAUUACAUCGGCAAGAUUUAUAUACUUCUUGCGUUCUAAGCUAACAAGUCCAUGGUCAUCCAAAAACCUAGGAUUCGCUAUCUUUAAAGGUAUUUAAAUAGAUUAUAAAGAAAGUUCCUUUAACACCCAAACAUGUACUACUUUCAAACAAUAUUGUUUGCAAAUAUGAUGGAAAGCUCGAUUCCUACCCUACUUUAAAAACAUAAUUCUGAAGAUGAUAGAAAACUCUUUGUGACUAGGGAGCUGAGAAUCUGCAAUCUUUAAUGUUCCUUGAGCUUCCCUUCAAGCAAUCUGAAGAUGAAUUACUUAUUAUUUUUUUUCAGAUUUGUCAUUAAAAAUUCCCAACUGAUGUUUCAAGUAAGAAUUAAGAAAUCUCAAAAAAAAGAAUUAAGAAAUCUCAAAAUAAUAACACCAAAAAAACUUAACUAGUGCCGUUCCGAAUUCCAAUAAAGCAACAGCCCCUUCAAGCAAUUUAAAUGUACAGACAAUUAAAUGCUCAUUAUUAAAGGAAAUGAAUUGGGAUUGAUAAUGUUUUAAAUACAUUGCACAUGCUAACUAACUUAAUCUUUAUUAGAGCCCUAUUGCAGAGAGCACUAUUAUUUUCCCAUUCUAUACAAGAGAAUGUUGAGGCUUAGAGGUGUUAACUUCCCCAAGACUGCACAGAAACCAAGAUGGCAGAGGGGUGAGAAAAUACCCAGCCUGUGGCUUCUCCACUGUAGUGACCAUCUCUGUGGCUUUGGGGUAUUUUAGAUAACACUGAGGAAUGCUACAGUUUAGGAAGGAUUAUGGGGGUAAAGGGUAAAGAGGAAAGACCGCUGAACUAGAAGUCAAGGACGUCAUUCAAGACAUGGUGACUAGGGCCCUUCAGGCUUCUCGAUUACUCUCUUGACCUCUUUGAUUGUAAGAUUAGAAUAUGAGGGGAGUUGACCACUAAGCUCCUUUUUAAUGUUAACGUUUCAUCCUAGAGAUAUGGAAGGAAGAAUGAAUACCUCUCCCCAACCUUCACAGCGCAGGUCUGAUCCUCGAACAGAACCUACACCUACUAGUCCAUGGAUCACAAAGCGGCCUCCCUGUUAAUACUCCCCAUGGCCACAUGCCCUUCUCCGGGACACAGACCUUUAUCUACACCCGCCAGAAGCAAAGCUCUGAACCUCCACCUGACUCCACAAAGACAGUCUCCGUCUCAGGGUGUCUGUGCUUCCAAAUCACUUUCAGUAGCCAAUUGGCAUAUUCCAUCUAAAACCUUAUUGAUUUCAAAUUCCCUGAGUUACAAUUAUGUUAAAACCCCGACAACAGUAAACACACCAAUGAUUGCUUGCAAAUAGCCAUAAUAACAAAUUCAUUCUGUAGAAAGCCACUGGUGCAAUGCUGACCGAUCGUAAUAACGGAGCGGGCAACCAUAAAGUACCUCGCAUGUCCGCCCCGUGACGUUAGCGAUCCAGCACGCUACUCUUUUUCUCAUUGCUGCAAAUAUUAUUUUCAAUAUGUCAAACCAUAAACACAUUUCAGUGGGCAAAGCAUCUUGACACUAUAAUCAUUUCAUUGACGUUACAGAGAGACAUGUAGGACAGCAAGAUAACAUGAGCGAAGGAUCCAAGAGGGGUAAAGCAAUAAUUUUAAAGCAAUGACCUGCUGUUCACAGAAAUAAUUAAAUUUCCUCCCCUACUCGGCCAAAAUACGGCAGUAAACGACGUUCAAGCAAGUAAGGGAAUGUUUUUCCCCGAUGGGAAAGAGGAGGUGAUUAAAGUUUGGACAUGCUUCCUUCUCUUCCCCACUUCUGCUUUUUUCCCUUUCCCUUUGUAAAACGUUCAGUAAGAACAACCCCACGGUUCCGCAGUGACCCCCCCUCCCACGUCUGUACCACAUUCGGAGUCUGACCCAAGGGACGCAGUGUCAGGACUCUUCUGAAAAACCUGUCAGGGUGACACGUCCAACAGAACCGAGCAGGCCUCCGUGAGGUUGACUCCGUCCCUCGCUUCCGUACAGCAACCACCAGGACAGUGCGAAGUGCGGGACCCCGCCCGGUCUCCCAGCCAUGAGUGUGUAGCACACUGCAGGGGUCAAGACGACACACGUGAAGAAAACAAUGGAGCACGGAGAGCUCUCGGAGAGGAGAGCCCGAGCGCGAGCACAACGGCCUCGGAGGGGCGAUGUCCGACGUGUGGGGCGCCCGGCACCGUGGACAGCGGAUAACGCCGCUUACGGGGGGGACUUAUUAGUAUCAGUAGAAAGUGGAGAAGUAGUAGUAAUAGUCUUAGGACAACCACUAGUAGUACCUGGUCUCCUGGAGCCAGAAUAGCUCUAAAAUGCCUUUUUGCCCAGAAUCCACAGCAAAGCCUAAGUCCUUCCUGCAGCGUCGUUAGUUGGGGACGGGGACGGCUGCUGCUGGCAUCCUGCCGGUUGUGGGGUAGGCCGCUGGGAACAAGGCAGCGUGGGAAGCCCUGCUGAUGCCCGUUUGAAAUCUGCCUCCCAUAGGAUCCACACACUAAAUCCACACCAAAUCGCAUCAGUACUCCUGGGUCACCAACUUAUCCUAGUAGCGCUAUUUUUACUUUAAAACAGAGGAGGGAAUGGGAAAAGACCCACUUUCAUUUGUUUAAAGUGUAAAACCACAGGGAGAUCAGACGUUCAGCCAGGAUUGACAUAAAGAACUUCUGACUGACAUCAGCUUUAAAAGGGGGUGACUGGGUGACGGGCACUGAGGGGGGCACUUGACGGCCCGAAGCCUCUACAACCUGUAAUGUGACUUGUUACGUGGUGUGACAUGGAGUGACAUCAGGACACGGAGGAGGUUCAGGAUGCUCUACACGGCCUCAUCCCCUAUUAGCACUGUGAGCCGUAGUGCUAGAAAUUGCUUUUGGUAGAAUUCACAAUUUCUCUUUAUAAAAAUCUCCUGUCUCCCUCCAUCUCUUUGUCUGUCUGUCUGUCCCUCUCGCCGUCCCGCGCUCUCUCAGCUGUUUCCUCUGUUGGUCGUGUCCUUCACCUUCAUGUACCAGCGGAGAUGGCCCCGUGUUCCCCAAACCCCUUCUGUCUAUACUUGUAGGAGGAGAACAACCCAGCACUUCUCAGCCUCAGAAAUGCCAACUGUCUGUGUAUCACUUGUCCCCGACCGGGCCACCCCUGUCUCGAGCGAUGCAGGGCACGUGCUUUGCAGCCCCACGAGGUGGGGGUCAAGUGAUUCCCCGGAGGAAACUGGGUGUGAGUGAAAGAAGAGGAGAAAGGGUGCUGGGCGACAGGAGCAGCAGGUGCCCCCCACCCCAGCUUCCAGCACUGGGAUUUGGGCCCAAGGACAAGUGCUGCGGAGACAAGGAGACUCGUGGGCUCAGAGGGCGGAGAGGGGACUAGUGCUCGGAAGUCACUCUGAGACUUUUCUAUGGU